ACCAUUUACAGCAAAUUGAAACUUAUAAACACAGUUUUACUUCCUGGAAAAGAAACAGACAGCAAACAGUUCAGAGCUUCUAUAACCAAAAAGAUUUAAAAGCUGAAAUGGCUUCAUCCAGUGAUUUCCUGUCUGAAGAGCAGUUCACGUGUUCCAUCUGUCUGGAUGUCUUCGCCGAGCCUGUUUCUAUCCCAUGUGGACACAAUUUCUGCAAGGCCUGUAUAACAAGACACUGGGAGGACAAAGCCCAAUGUCAGUGUCCACUGUGCAACGAGAAGUUCAACAAAGGGCUCAAACUCUGUGUCAACACUGGUUUCAGGGAGGUUGUGAACAAUUUCAAGAAGCACGGUGUCAGCAAAAAAAAUGAUGUCCUCGUCAAACCGGGACAGGUGCCAUGUGACUGUUGCACUGGCAAUAAAUUCAAAGCCUUCAAAACCUGUUUGGUGUGUUUGGCAUCUUAUUGUCAAACACACUUAGAGCCACAUAAGAGAGUUGCUGCAUUGAAGAAACACAAACUGACCGAUCCUGUGCAGAACCUGGAGGUCAAUGUAUGCAAGAAACACAACAAGAUGCUCGAGCUCUUCUGCAGAAAUGACCAGAGUCGUGUUUGUGCUCUGUGCACAGAACAUAGAGGUCAUGAUACAGUCCCUCUGGAGGAGGAGUAUGAGGAGAAGCAGGGUGAGCUGGAGCAGAAAAAGAUGGAAGUAAAGGGGAUGAUUCAAGAGCGACAAAAGAAGAUUCUGGAGAUAACAGAAGGGCUGGCCAAAAAGAGGGAACAAAACAAUGAGGCAAAGGGAAAUAGUGUUCAGGUCUUCACAUCUUUGAUAGUCUCUAUGCAACGAAGUCUCUCUGGGCUGGUGAACGCUUUUGAGGAGAGGCAGAAAACUGCAGAAAAACAGGCUGAUGUGCUUGUUGUAGAGCUUCAGAGGGAAAUCAUGGAGCUCCAGAGGAGCCUCACCAAACUGCAGAAGAUCUCAAAGACUGAAGACCAUCUCCAGCUCAUCAAGCGCUUCCUGUCCAUCACAUCUACGUUUCCACUCACCAAGGACUGGUCUGACAUCAGUAUCAGUGGACAGCACUGUGUGCAGGAUCUGAAGAGAGCAAUGGUACAGCUGCAGGUGACUCUCACCAAAGAGAUGCAGCGAGCUGGUCAAGACUUUAGAGCUUGCUAUGAUGAAUUCCUUGCUGAAGAAACUGGUGAGGAUAAGAAAAUGGUACACACAGAUCUGGAGAACCUGCCUGAAGGCAUCAAGCUGGACAUAAUCCGGCGGCAGUACACAGUAGAUAUGACAUUCGACCCAUGCAGUGCAAAUGAUUUCCUCGUAUUUUCAGAGGAUUUCAAAGCAGUGCAAACUCCCCAUAUUGUGUGGGUAAAUGGAAGCCCCCAAAAAUUCAACAGGCAUGCCUACGUCUUGGGAAAAAGGGGAUUUUCAAGAGGGAGAUUUUAUUACGAGGUUCAGACUGCAAGUAAGACCGGCUGGGAUUUAGGCAUAGUCAAAGAGUCACUGCGUGGGAUGAAGACAAUCAUACCAAACCCCAGGACUGGAGUGUGGGUCAUAAGGCUGAGGAACAACACCAAAUUCACAGCUUUAAAUAAUGUCCAUGUCAACCUGAACAUGUCAGAGAAACCAAACAGGGUCGGAGUGUUUGUAGAUUAUGAGCAGAGACUGGUGUCCUUCUAUGAUGUGGACACUGUAACUCUGCUCUACUCUUUCACUGACUGCCUAUUCAGUGGUAAAAUCUACCCAUUCUUUAGCCCCGGCCUCCCCGAGGAUGGUGUAAAUGGUGGUCCACUGGUCCUCUCACCAGACAACGAGUCAGACAAAAAAGUAAACAAAACAUCAGAGUUUCUAGGCUGGAGUUUUGCUGUUAUUGCUCUGGUUUUGAUUUCCUUUACAUAUCAAAUCAUCUUCAACAAGGGCUGAAACAGGUUGAUUUCUACAAAAAUCUUGUAAUGAUGAGCUCAGCUCGUGGAUAUUUGUGAAAACUAAUGUCACGUCAUAAUUUCGACUUUUUUAUCUCCUAAUUAUGGCUUUUUAUCUCAUAUUCAUGACUUUUCAUCUCAUAAUUUCAACUUUUUAUCUCCUAAUUAUGACUCACUGUGAGGAUAUUUUUAUUAUCAAGGCUAAAUUUGACCCUUUUUUUUUUCUGGUGGAAAUGGGCUUCCAUAGGUUGUUCAUUUGACUUGGUAUACUUGUUUUUUCACUUGUUGUUGAAUUAACUGCAUCCAAUGUACAAUUUACAUAAACAUUUAUUCUAUGCUUGAACUUGACCAUUGGUGUCAUUUCUGUAAUUUAAUUAACCACUCUAUCCAGCCACGUAUCACACAGACAGUCAACUAAACACAAUCAAACAAUGUCAAACACGCCCUCACACAGGCAUUGAUUAAAACUCUGUUUUGCAUAAAGACAAGAAGAAGAGAACAGAACGUACUAUUGAAUGAGAUGCCAAUACAAAACAUAGUGACAUCAAUACGACAUUUGGAAUACAGCCACAAUAACUUCACCCUCAUAUUCCAUGUCAGGCAAGACGUAAAUAAAAGUAACCUGAUUAUAUUAUUGAUCAGAUUUGUGUUAUAUUUUAAAUGUAUUACCUAUGAAAGGUCAACAUUAUACAUCAAAAACAGAAUUUAGGCCUGGUGUAUUUUCAUUUCUCAUUUAUAUGCAGAAAAUAAUCAUCAGUUUUUAUGCUGAGAAGAGAAAACUCAUAAAGUGAUUCAUUACAUUUCAGUGACAAAUACAUGAAAAUAUUAUUCUGAUGAAGAUUUAGCAUAAUAUCACUUGAGCUAACUUGGUUCAAAGAUGGAUUUAAUUUUCAGUCAAAUUUUUCUUCUUCUUGAUUUACGUGGGGAAGGCUGCCUGGCCAAACAGGAAUGUAACCAGCUCUGGUUUAAACCAAGGUCAAUAUUAACUGACUUACCCUAAGAACACAGAGCAGCUGCUUUUUUCCUAUCACUAUGUAAAAACGUACAGUAUAUACAGAGGCUAUAAGAAUGUGCAAUAUAAUGUGUCUUAUAUCGUUUUUUUCCCAAUACAACCUAUCUGAUGUUUUUUUUUUCUCCC